AUGAGUCGAGCAGCGCCUCAGGUCAGGGCAAGCAAGAGUGCCCCAUCAUCCCCGAUGCAGCGGUCGUCUUCGAGACGCAAGGCCGCCCAGGCGGCAGGUUCCCGGCCGGCCUCGCCCCUGGUCGGGGGGGACCAGCACAUGCGGCACAUCGACGGGGCGCCGCCGGGCGAUAUUGUCCGCAGGGCCAGGGAGGUACGGCCGAGCGCAGACCUGGCCGGGCAGAAGAGCAAGCGCAACUUCUUCGAGGACGCCUUCUCGGUCAACCCAACCAGCCCGGCCAGGGAGCGAGUCCGCGGCGACGCCAUCGUCCUGGCCGAGGUCAAGACCAAUGUACGCGACGAGUUCGCCUUCAUCACGGACCUUGCCUGCCAGCUGUCGGCGCGGUACCAGCGGCCCGUGUCGUCGGUGGUGGUGACGCUGCACCACGGCGCCUGCCUCUUGUUCGGGGGCUCCUUCGACCCGGCCUACGCCAUGGCCGUGCGCGCCCUGCCGUCCCAGCUGCAGCCGACCACCAACAAGCGCAACGCCGCCCUGCUCCAGCGCCACAUGGAGGAGGCCCUCGGCGUGCCCCCCUCCCGGGGCGUCCUGCGCUUCGUCCCCAUCCCGGAGGAGCACCUCGCCUGCGGCGGCAAGACCGUGGCCGGGGAGAUUGAGGAGCUGGAGAUGGGCGGUGGGUAUUGCCAUGUUGGAGUUGGCCAGAGCGGCUCUCGUGGCUCUGGAGGCUCUGGAGGCUCUUUUUUUGGUGCUGCUGGGUGGUCGCUGAGCUCCAUGGCCGCGCACGAAUUGACACCCCCUGGAAGCGCCGAUGGAGAACCCCCGUCGAUGCCUGGAUCCUAUUCCAGGACGGCGCCCAAGAUUGAACAGAUCGAUUCGGGAAAGAAGGCGGCGCAGAGGAGAAAGAGCUUCGUAGCCACCAUCUUCGGCCGGUCCGGCAGCAAGUCCUCGGACCGCUCGUCGCUACCGGCGAUUGCCGACGAC